CCACACGAGAAAACAAAGAAACUUAACCUCAGCAAAAUAAAAAUCUGUUACAAGUCCAGCAAAUAAAUAAUUCUGACUAAACAAAAACUAUGAAACUGGCCGUUAUCCAGAACCUUCCACGACUUGGAUUAACAACAACCACCGCAUCUCUUGGAUCUCCCUUUCUCUCUCCUCGUCUCUCUCUCUCCACGCGUCGCCUCAGAAACACUUCCUUAACCACCGGAGCCGCCUUUCCUCGCCGCAAGAAAGACGGACACGAACGCGCUUCUCUGAUCUCUGCAGGGACGGUGAUAAUGGCGCCGGCGAUUGAAUUCGAUCAGUUCAUUCUAGCUACGUUCUUCGCUUCUCUGUUCGCGUUAGUGCUUGUAUUCGUCUUGCGCCGGAGUAGUCGUGAUCGUAAAGACGAUGCGAAUUCGAAUCGGAGCAAGAUGAAUCGCGGCCUCGUCGCCGUUUCUUCUCAGAACGAUCCCGUAUCUACGGAGGAGGAUGAUUCAGGCAUCGAUGUUAUAAUCGUCGGAGCUGGUGUUGCUGGUGCCGCUCUCGCUCAUACUCUCGGCAAGGAAGGACGAAGAGUGCACGUUAUAGAAAGAGACUUGUCUGAGCAAGACAGGAUCGUUGGUGAAUUGCUUCAACCUGGUGGUUACUUGAAGUUAAUCGAGCUCGGCCUUGAAGAUUGUGUGAAGGAGAUAGAUGCUCAACGAGUUCUUGGUUAUGCUCUCUUUAAAGACGGGAAGCACACUAAGCUUUCUUACCCCUUGGAAGCGUUUGAUUCGGAUGUCUCCGGGAGAAGCUUCCACAAUGGGAGAUUUGUGCAGAGAAUGCGAGACAAAGCCGCUACUCUCUCAAAUGUACGUUUGGAGCAAGGAACAGUUACGUCUCUUCUUGAAGAGAACGGGACGGUGAAAGGGGUUCAGUACAAGACAAAAGAGGGCAACGAGCGUAGCUUAUAUGCUCCUCUCACAGUUGUAUGUGAUGGUUGUUUCUCCAACUUGCGUCGCUCUCUCUGCAAACCUAACGUGGAUGUACCCUCUACUUUCGUGGGUCUUGUCUUGGAGAAUUGUGAACUCCCAUUUGCAAAUCACGGGCAUGUUGUUCUCGCUGACCCAUCACCCAUCUUAUUAUACCCCAUCAGCAGUUCAGAAGUUCGUUGCUUAGUUGAUGUGCCUGGUCAAAAACUUCCUCCCAUUGCAAACGGUGAAAUGGCAAAGUAUCUGAAUACACAGGUUGCACCUCAAAUACCACCUGAGGUUCGUGAAGCCUUCAUUGCCGCGGUUGAAAAGGGUAACAUCAGAACCAUGCCGAACCGAAGCAUGCCAGCUGAUCCGGUUCCUACCCCUGGAGCACUUCUUCUAGGUGAUUCAUUCAACAUGCGACAUCCUUUAACCGGUGGUGGGAUGACAGUGGCAUUGGCGGAUAUAGUUGUACUCCGUGAUCUUCUGAGACCAAUCCACAGCCUUAAAGACAAAGAAGCACUGUCUAAGUACAUAGAAUCAUUCUACACGUUGCGAAAACCUGUAGCUUCCACCAUCAAUACAUUGGCGGGUGCGUUGUACAAGGUGUUUUUAGCAUCUUCAGACGAAGCGAGAACAGAAAUGCGCGAAGCUUGCUUUGAUUAUCUUAGCCUUGGAGGUGUUUGCUCAUCUGGUCCAGUUGCAUUGCUCUCUGGUUUGAACCCUCGUCCUUUGAGUUUAGUUCUCCACUUCUUCGCUGUGGCGAUCUAUGCCGUUGGUCGUUUGAUGCUACCAUUUCCUUCCAUUAAAAGCUUCUGGCUUGGUGCUAGGGUCAUCUCGAGUGCUUCAGGCAUCAUCUUUCCGAUAAUUAAAGCAGAGGGAGUUAGGCAAAUGUUUUUCCCUCGUAGCAUUGCUGCCUUAUAUCGCACUCCGCCCCUUCAAUGAUUCAUCUCAUUGCAUGAUCAAAGCUAUUCAGGCAGAUGCUAUUACUUAUAGUUUUAUAUCUUUGUUGAUUAAUGAUAAUCAUUGUGGAUGUUUAGACAAGACGGCUCUGGAACAAAGUGUAACAUAGCUCCUUAGGUAUAUAUUGAUUAAGAGAAAAGAUUUUUGUAAGUGCAUCAAUGUAAAAAGAAAAACAAAGUAAGCUUGAGUCUGUUGUGUGUUUUUAUUAUCUUAAACAUCAUUUUGGGUU